GCCCAAGGCCACUGAGCUUGAAGUGGGCAGAACUGGAACUUGAACCUAGGCCAUCUAGUACUAACGUGCUCAUCUUCUUCUGGGUGGGCGUGUGGUUUCCUUAGAGCCUGAGUGUCACGAUCAUGAAUCCUCCCAACACACGUAGCCGCCGCAGAUCCAGCAUUGGCGGUAGACCCCGAGGGCUGCUACCCUAGCCAGAGCCCUUGAAUAAAAGGCCAGGUCACCUGUGUCCUGCUUCCUCCCUCCGGCCGGGAUCAUGCUUCCACUCCUCACUGCUCUGGCGCUCUGGGGGACGCUGGCCACCCCAGCAGGGACGUCCAAGGCAUGUCCAGCUUGCUCUCUGCUGGGAAACUGUACCGAGAGAACCUGUCCUGCUGCCAAGGAAGCCUGCUUGUUCAGCCAGAUGCAGCUGGAAAAUGGGACUGUCAUCAAGAAUGGGUCAUGUGUCAUCCCUGGGGAAUGCCGAGAAGGUGUCUACUCCCUGACCUAUGGCCCCCACUGGAGUCUCUGGGUCAGCACAGCGUGUUGUGAGAUCACCUGCAAAGGGGCCACACGACAAGAUGUGGCGCCUGAGGCCCCGCUCAACGGAGUGAAAUGUCACUACUGUUUCGGGGAUGAGUCAGCCUCAUGCGAGUCUCGUUUGGUCAUGAACUGCACCGGUGAUCAGACCAUCUGUGUCACCCUCAAUGGGACGUGGAAUGGAGGUAAGGGUUCCUUCCCUUCAGGAGAUACCUGGGGAGGCAGGCCUCCCUCCCACCUGCAUGAAUUAGAGGAAUAA